ACCAAAAGAAACUCGCCGACGGGGUGCGACACAUGGCAAUUGCCUUGAGAAAUGGAUGUUGCCUAUCUAGCUGUCACGGAAUGUUCUCUAGGCUCCAGGACUCAUUCCGUUCCCACUGAAGGGUUACCUGACGCCAAGUUGCAUGUCCUAUUCCGCUCCCAAGCACUUGCACGCUCAUCAAAGCCCGGAUGGUGACAACAAUGAAGAUCCUCUGCAUUCAUCAAUGGGGAACCUCGGGUGUCGUUUUUGAGAAGCAGUUGUCGUCGGUGACUGGCCUUCUCAGCCCAACGUAUGAAUAUGUGUACAUCAAUGGUCCUUACACCUGCGCGCGAGCCCGAGGCCUCCCGGACACGGUCAACGGCCCGUUCCACUGCUGGUACCGAGGGCUCUCGUCGGAGCAGUGCAACGAGGCCCAUAAGGUGAUAUGCGAAGCCAUCGCGGAGGACGGGCCAUUCGAAGGCGUCAUUGCGUUCAGCCAGGGAGCCGCAACCAUUCUGUCGCUGCUACUGCAUCACGACAUGCAUCAACCGAGCCAGCCUCCUCCCUUCCGGUUUGCUAUUCUCUUCUGUCCGAUCGUGGUCAUCUCUCCUGAUCCCAAAUUCAACGCCGAGCAUGUUGUGCGGUACAGCCGCUACUACAAGGCCAAACAUGCCGGAGACCGCAUCAACGACGAUACCACUGAAGGGUUCGUCGAGGAAGCCGAGAAUGUUGGCGAGGCUAUUGGAAGCAGGCCGCGAUAUGGCACGGUCUCCAAACCGAAGAGUGUCCCGAAGCACCGUACUCUGCUCCUGCUCAGGCGUAAGAGAGAAGCACUUGCUGAGGAGAUGGUGGACCUCGUUCGGGAGAUGAGCAGCAUGGCUCCGGCGGAGAUGGACGAGGAGACUACAGUCCGGGCCAAGGACAUGGUCAGCCCAGACAAACCCGAGGCCUUCCCACGCAUCAUGCACCCGCUAACCACCAAGUCGCGCGUGUCCAUCCCUACGGUGGUCGUUGUUGGAAAGGAGGAUCCGUUUGCCCGGCAGAGCGAGCUGGCAGUGAGACUGUGCGAGAACAAGAGGACGAAGGUAGUCUACCUCGCCGGCAGUCACCGUGUGCCGGUCAGCCCGCCCGAGCUCCACGCGGUCACGGCGGCUGUGGAGUGGGCAAUACAGAAAAGUCAGCAGACUUAGGAAGGGGGCAACGCUGGAUACCGCAACAUGCAAUAGUCUCAAAGGUUAUGGCGGCAAACAAACCGCCGUUGAAC